GAAAAGGGAAAAAAUGGUGAAGGGAUUUUGGGAAACUAUUGCAGUGGGAUUUAUUGUUUGUACUAAUAUUGUAAUGUCAAAAUCCCUUUAAUAAAUAUACCAAACACUUUCCCCAAAUUCCUUCCUCACCUAACCUAUGCCUUCCAUUUCCACUGCCAUUUUCUCUAUCCUCAUCCUCCUUUCCGCCAUCCACGGCGGCGCCUCCAGGGCCCCGUUCGCAUGCGAUCCGAAGAACGCGGCGGCAAGCAACUACGCAUUCUGCCGGCGUUCGUUGGGAGUGGCGGAGAGAGUGAAGGAUCUGAUCGGAAGAUUGACGUUGGAAGAGAAGGUGAAGCUGCUGGUGAGCAAUGCCGGAGCCGUUCCACGGCUGGGAAUUAAAGCGUACAAGUGGUGGUCGGAGGCCUUGCACGGCGUCUCCAAUGUCGGUCCCGGUACGACUUUCGGCGGCGAAUUCCCCGCCGCUACCAGCUUCCCGCAGGUCAUUACCACCGCCGCCACCUUCAAUGCUUCUCUGUGGGAAGCCAUCGGACGGGUGGUGUCGGACGAAGCAAGGGCAAUGUACAACGGAGGGGUAGCUGGGCUGACAUAUUGGAGCCCAAAUGUGAACAUUUUUAGGGACCCUAGGUGGGGCCGUGGACAGGAGACUCCCGGUGAAGACCCCCUCUUAGCCGGUAUCUAUGCCGUUAAUUUUGUCAGAGGCUUACAGGGUACUGACGGUAACCGGUUGAAGGUGGCCGCCUGUUGUAAGCACUUCACUGCCUAUGACCUCGAUAACUGGAACGGCGUCGACCGCUUUCACUUUAACGCCCAGGUGACCAAACAAGACAUUGAAGAUACAUUUGACGUGCCGUUCAGAAUGUGUGUGAAGGAAGGGAAAGUAUCCAGUGUGAUGUGCUCAUACAAUCAGCUCAAUGGUGUCCCCACAUGCGCUGAUCCUAAUCUUCUAACCAAGACCCUUCGUUCUCAAUGGCGUCUCGAUGGGUACAUUGUAUCUGAUUGUGACUCCGUUGGGGUUUUUUAUGACACUCAGCACUACACUUCUACCCCUGAAGAGGCCGCUGCCAUGGCUAUUAAAGCAGGUUUAGAUUUGGACUGUGGCCUAUUUUUGCAAACCCACACAGAGAAUGCAGUGAAAAGAGGGUUAUUAAGUGAAGCCCAUAUUAAUGGCGCUUUGGGCAACACUCUUUCUGUUCAAAUGCGUCUUGGAAUGUUCGACGGUGAUUUAAAAACACAACCUUACGCACAUUUGGGCCCCAAACAUGUCUGCAGUGCCGCCAACCGGCAGCUGGCUGUUGAAGCCGCUCGUCAAGGCAUUGUUCUUCUUGAGAAUCACCGUCGUUCUCUCCCGCUCUCCACCCGUCGCCACCGCACCGUCGCUGUCAUUGGUCCUAACUCCAACGUCACUCUUACCAUGAUCGGAAAUUAUGCCGGUGUUGCGUGUGAAUACAUUACCCCACUGCAAGGAAUCGAAAGAUACGCAAAGACAAUCCACCAGCAGGGCUGCAGAGGCGUGGCGUGCCGGACGGACAAGUUUUUCGGUGGAGCAAUUGAGGCGGCGCGUGAAGCGGACGCGGUGGUGCUGUUAAUGGGCCUGGACCAGUCUAUUGAGGCCGAGUUUAGGGACCGGGCUAGGCUUCUUCUACCUGGGCUUCAGCAGGACCUCGUAUUGAAGGUGGCUGCUGCGGCUAAGGGCCCAAUCGUUUUAGUCCUAAUGUCCGGUGGGCCAAUCGACGUGUCAUUUGCGAAGGAUCAUCCUAAAAUUUCUGGUAUCAUUUGGGCUGGGUACCCUGGCCAGGCUGGAGGACUGGCUAUUGCUGACGUUUUGUUUGGUCAAACUAAUCCAGGUGGAAAACUACCGAUGACAUGGUAUCCACAAGACUACGUAUCAAAAAUACCCAUGACAACAAUGGGCUUAAGGCCCAGCCCAUCUUAUCCAGGAAGAACCUACAGAUUCUACAAAGGCACAGUCGUUUACCCAUUCGGCCACGGCUUAAGCUACACCACUUUCACUCACAAAAUUCUCAACGCACCCACCGCCCUCACCGUCCCCCUUUCCGGCCAUCGGCGCCGCCAAAACGCCACUGACUUCUCCGGCAAGGCCGUGAGAGUCACACACACAAAGUGCGACAGGCUGUCACUGGUGAUCCACGUGGCAGUCAGGAAUACAUGCCAACGAGAUGGGCCACACACGUUGCUGGUUUACUCAAGCCCGCCAAUGGGCCUUUGGGCCCCCCAGAAGCAGCUUGUGGCGUUUGAGAAGGUCCUUCUGGAGGCCCAGGCCCAAAAAGAAGUCCAGAUUAAUAUACACGUGUGUAAGUUUCUGAGCGUUGUGGACAAAUUUGGAAUUAGAAGAAUUCCAAUGGGGGAACAUGAGAUUCAUGUUGGUAAUGUUAGGCAUUCUGUGUCACUACAGGCUGAGACAUUGGGGAUUAUCAAAUCGUAAAUGGGAAGUUUGACGGAUUUGCCCCU